AUCUUUCAUGGCAGCAGCUUGCGGAGCGGCAACCUACCCCACUAUAAACACCCUCAGCGCGAGAUUAAGCGGCAUUUCGUCCUCGCAUUGCGUAACGGGUGCCGUUUAGUUAUAUUUAAUUCAAAAGUGUGUAUUUGUGAAGGUAAAUACAGGAUAUGGUUCACAAUAAAGCGCAGGAUUCACGUCCUUUCUGGUAACUUUAGGCAGCAGGUUUAAAGAGCCUUUCUGGGGGCAGUUGAUUUGCUGGGCGUGAAUGGCAUAAGGAAGACAGUAGAUCGGAUCGUUUGCUAUGUGCCUCUUGUAUGUGAAUAAUGUACAGUGAUGGUGCCUUCUCAGACCCACGUGAUGCUCAAGUGGCAGGAGCACCUGAACAGCUCCUGGGCGGCGGAGGACAGCAUUCAGACCGCCACACGGCACGGAGCGGCAGCUCUCUAUGCAAAACUGGUCUACAACAAGGAGGUUGUGGGCUUGGCCCAACCAGUGCAGGACCUAAUGGGUCCACGCUUGCCUGACUUCCAGUACGAAUCCAGCGCUGAGGAGGAGAAGGAGGAAUAUCUGUCUGCACUGCUCCACAGUCAGCGAUGCCUUGUCCAACGCAUGCUGGCGAGGACCCCCUUUGCCCUAUCCCUGCACCACAGACUGAUGAUCCUCCAGAGGGUGUUCUACUCCCUCCAUAGCAAGUAUCACGACCGAUUCCGAGCACCGCUGCCUCCCCAGCCCUCAUCCUCCAGUGCAGAAGGGGGCACUCUAGAGUCAGUGUCUGAGCCUUGGCCAACAGGCAGUUCCCGUUCAAAGUCGGGCACAGACGUUCUUGUUGAAAUGGGAGUCCGGACUGGGUUGAGUCUCCUUUUUGCCCUACUGAGGCAGAGUUGGCAGCGUGGGAGUCUUGAGAACCCACCGGACGUUGCUCUGUGCAACGAGGUACUGGCAACAGCGUCUUCAGUCCUGGCCGCCCUGCCUCCUCUUUCCUUGGCCAACGAGAACAAGAUCCCGACAGUGGGGCUUGACUGUCUUACACAAGUUGGAGACUUCCUAAAGAAGACUGCGGUCAGCGGGUCCGGGGCGGAUCGGGCGGGUCGCAGGCUAUCCCUGGAGCUCCUCCUCUCGUUAGCCUUACAAAGAGGAUCCUUGCGCUUCCUUCUGGAGUGGGUGGAGGUGGCGCUGGCUGCCUCCGCUUCCUCCACCAUGUCUGAAACAGUUGGAGUGGGUUAUGAGCUGAUCCAUCAAACCCUGCAACAGAUGCGCCAGCACACGGCUGUUCGUGGUGAAUCCGUCAAUUCUCAGGUGCUGAAGAGGGAUGCAGAUGGACUCUGUAGCCUCUCACAUGUUGCUCUUUGCCUCUUUGAAGAGAUCUGCACCCUGGCCUCUAACUGCCUGUGCUCAUGCAGCACGAGGUCUUCCUCCGGCUCGGAGAAUGAUGCUGUCAUGGUGUACGUGUGGGGCAGCAACAGCAGCCAUCAGCUCGCCGAGGGAACGCUGGAGAAGAUUUUACAGCCCAAACUGGCUCAGGGCUUCAGCGAUGCACAAAUGAUUGAGGCAGGCCAGUACUGCACGUUCUCUGUAUCUGCAGAUGGUGCAGUGAAGGCUUGUGGGAAGGGUAGUUAUGGGCGGCUGGGACUGGGAGACUCUAAUAACCAGUCCAUGCCAAAGAAACUGGUUCUGGAGCCACCUCGUACCAUGAGGAAGGUGUCGUCUUCCAAGGGAUCAGACGGACACACGCUGGCUGUCACGACGGAGGGAGAGGUGUUCAGCUGGGGAGAUGGAGAUUACGGCAAACUGGGCCACGGGAACAGCGCCACACAGAAAUACCCCAAGAUUAUACAAGGCCCACUGUUAGGAAAGGUGGUGGUGUGUGUGUCUGCUGGAUACAGACACAGCGCUGCGGUGACUAAUGACGGAGAGCUGUACACCUGGGGGGAAGGCGACUUCGGUCGACUCGGUCACAGCGACAGUCACAGUCGUAACGUGCCCACUCUGGUGAAGGACAUCAGUGGGGUCGGGCAAGUGGCCUGUGGCAGCUCUCACACCAUCGCUGUGGCUCAAGAUGGACGAAUUGUCUGGUCCUUUGGAGGAGGAGACAACGGUAAACUGGGACAUGGGGACACAAACCGUGUGUACAGGCCUAAAGUGAUAGAAGCCCUUCAUGGCUUCAUUAUCAGAAAAGUAUGUGCUGGGAGCCAGUCGUCACUGGCUUUGACAUCUGCUGGCCAGGUGUUUGCGUGGGGCUGCGGCUCGUGUCUCGGCUGCGGCUCGUCUGAGACCACCUCACUCAGACCUCGCCUGAUAGAGGACCUCAGUAUCACAAAAGUCAUAGACAUUUCCUGUGGAGACAGCCACUGUCUCGCUUUGUCUCAUGAAAACGAGGUGUUUGCUUGGGGCAACAAUGCCAUGGGGCAGUGUGGGCAGGGCCAUACCUCAACGCCAGUCACCAAACCCAAGAAAGUGAUUGGUUUAGAAGGGGUGUCAAUACAGCAGAUUACUGCAGGCACCUCCCACAGCCUGGCCUGGACAGCGGUUCCCACUGACAGGCAGCUGGUGGCUUGGCACAGGCCGUUUUGUGUGGAUCUGGAGGAGAGCACGUUUACAUACCUGCGCAGUUUCCUGGAGCGUUACUGCGAUAGUAUCAGUGGGGACACACCACCUGCACCUUUCCCCUCUAAGAGGGAACAUCACCAGUUCGUGUUGUUGUGUAUGAAACUCUUGUCCAUCCACCUGUCGUUGGCCCACGCAGGGGGAACGGGGGCCACAGUGCUGGGCGCUCAGGGUCGGCCCCUCAGGAACCUGCUCUUCAGACUCAUCGACUCUAAUGUACCAGACUCCAUACAACAGGCGGUAAUGACCACACUGUCUAUGGGAGCGUCUCUGUUGCUGCCUCCUCUCAGGGAGAGAACGGAGCUGCUGCACUCGCUGUUACCACAGGGUCCAGAGAGCUGGGAAAGCCUCUCUAAAGGACAGCGUCUACAGCUGGACAUGUUGCUGAACAGCCUGCAGGAACAGAGUCACGUGGCGUCCCUCCUGGGAUACAGCUCACCUGGGGAGUUGAGCGCAGGUCUGGCACUGCCGCCCACCCCUGACCGCCCCACAGGAAGUGUUAGCUCUGGCUCAGAAGCUCCAGACCAACUCCACCUGGCUGAAGUGCUCCUGAAGACCUUGCUGCUCAGCAUCGGGUUCUAUACAGAGCGUGCGUUUGGCGAACUGGAGAAGAACAGUGAUAAACAGCGGUUCAGUCAGUCCCAGAAACAGACGGAGGCUCCAUCACACUUCCACCACCUGCUAUCAGCCCUUCACAGACACCUGCUGGCUCACUGCUACAUCCACACAGGCGCUGAGGAUGACAGUAGCGUGGUGCUGCUCCAUAAGCACCUGUGCCUGCUGCUGCCUUACGCAGCCGAGACCUUCAGGAGAUCCACCAUUCUGCUGGAGGAGAGCACACUGGACAAACACGUCAUCAAGAAACUACACACUGUGCUGUUUGGUUCGGUGGCGGGGAGUCUGCUGUGUCAGGUGAUGUACUCUCUGCUCCUGCUGCCAUUGGCUGUGGUCAAACCCCUCCUUCCUCACCUGCUCACUCUGCUUGAACAUCUCAACGAGCUCAACUGUUACCUGCCCAACACUGCGCACCUGGAGGACAUGGAGCUGGAAGGAACCUCAGAUGAAGCAUCUGAAACCUCUGAGCCAAUCACAGUGCCAGAGUCAGAAGACUGGGCAUGGCUACUAGACCUGGAGAGGUCUGUAGCUCUUGCCAUUGGCCGAUGCCUGGGAGGUAUGCUUCAGGGCCCACCCCCUUCCAUCCAGGAGAAGACAGCAGAGUUCUGGCUGUGUAACCCGCUCCUGAGAAAUGGGCUGGAGAUAGACUUUGAACAGCUGGACUGGUCAAUGGGUUGGCUGACUGAGGCCGUGUUCAUGGGUUGUGGAGACGUGAGACUAGCUGAGCUGCUGCUGUCGGAAGAGAACACAACGUUAGUGGAACUCGCUCUUGGCUCACUGCGAGAACCUGCCAGCGCCCUCUGGAGGAAGAUGAAGGAGUAUGCGGCGAGUCGAGACUGGGACAAUGGUGGAUCAGUGGGAGACUCUCUGUUAGAGACGGCGUGUCACUGUAGUUUGGCCGCUCUGCUCAAACAUGCCGGCCUUCAUGAAGCCUACUGGCAGGAAAAAUAUGAGCCCUGUGAGGUGCUGAUUGAAAUAUAUCAGGUGGUGUAUAAAAUCCGCAGCAUUCUGCUGUCUUAUAAAGAGAGCAUAGGAAACACAACCAGCGUCCAAACAACUACCACCAAACAGGUGCUGCAGUGUUUCCUGGCCACCCGUGAGGCCAUGCAGCUCCAACAGAACGAGACUGUGUACGAGUCGUCUGGCACUAGCACGUUACCCAGCAGCACUGAGAGCCCUGGGACGCCAGACAGGGAGCCCCCCCAGCGUCCCUGGGACCACCACAGCAUCACCGACCAGGGCCUGUCCUUCCCAGCAGCCUGCCACCUGCUGGUCUCACGCUGCCUUUUCCUGCUGCUGGGGGUCCGAGCUGCUUGGCAGGAGGAGAGUGUGUCGUCACAGACGCCCACUGAGAGCAGCUUGGCCAGAUCUCCACCCUACUAUGAGGCGUUAGGAUCAAAGAUGGAGUUACAGUCUUCUUCUGAGAGAAGAUUCAGUGAGAGAGAGACACCAGAUGAAUCUAAAAGCUCCUCAGGGUCAUUCAAAAAUAAAAUUGGCCUUCCACUCUGUUCUUUGGGCAUCAUGAAAGAUGCCUGGGAGCGACUGCGACAGUGCAUCAGUCCCACUACUGUGCUGUGCCCGGGUGGAGGUGGCACACCCAUCCUGGGUCAGGUCUUCCAUUUCCUGUGUGGGAGCCUCCUUCGAACCUCUUCUCUGGUGGACAAAGAUGGAGGUGCACAUGUAGAUCCCAAAGCCAUCACCAUUGCCAUGGCACAGCAACACCAAAGAGCUCAGGUUCGUUUGGAGGCCUUGUGUCAGAUUUCCUCCUUCCUGUCAGAGAUGGAGGAAAAGAGUGUCAGCUCUCUGGCGCCUCCUCGUUUUCCAGGCCUCUUGCAGUCAGUGCAGCUGCAGUUCCUCUCUGGCUGCUUUGGUCUGGGAGCCCCGAUCACCGGCAGUCUAGCGGCACCUAACAACAAGAUUCACCAUUACACCGCUGGGACUCAGUCGGCUCCUAUCGGUGUUCAGAGGGAGUUACAGUCUGCAGCUCACACGCUGUACCAGCAACUGGUGCGUGUGCUCAGACAGAAAGUGGCGCUAGAGAGAGAACAGGCUGGCUCUUAUCAGCACCUGCUGUUAGCUACAGUCUUCGCUCUGAACUUCCACUAUCAGCCAGUGGAUCUGGUGUGUGGCGUCCUGGAGAUCUUGUCCACACUGACUGAUAAUGCCUGCGUGCUGGUGAACCAGCGCUGGCUGGCCGCCUCCAUGUCCGGUCACAUGCAGCUCGGUGGGGCGGUGAAGCUGGCCGCUGCCAGACUCCUGCAGAUAUUCGCCAUAGCGGCCAGUUGCUGUGAAGAGGCCUUGCCAUUGGAAGUGUCCCAGGCUCUCAUGGAUGUGAUGAGCGAGCAGCUGCAUGGAUUGUUACAUGCAGUCCACCAGCAGGAGGUGCUAGAGAGGGAUUCCACAGAGCACAUCCAGGAAGAAACUUCCAAACAAGAAAGUGCAGAUGUAGUUCGUAGCAGCAGGGUUGUGGAGUCCCAGCUCGCUGACUUUCUAGUCUUCCUAAGACGCAUUUUGUCUCUAAGGGUCGCCAAAAGAGUCUCCGCGUUUGUCAAGUGGAUUGAUCCACUGAUGACAAUUAUCUCGUACAAAUGCAACACUGGAAAUCCACGGUUUCACAACCUGCGGACGAAGCUGCUGGCCUUCCAUAUUCUAGAAGCUCUUCUCCCUGUCUGUUCAGACCCUGUUGUCAUGAAACAGAUUGUUGAUCAAUUAUUUAGCGUUUUGUCCACAUACAUGUGGGAGGAACCUCUGGCCCUGAGGAAAAACUUAGAAAAAGAGAGAACUUUGGAGAACUCAAAUAGGGACAGCGGAAGUGAAGAUGAAUGUAUUCCUAUUGGUGAUUUCUCUUUCGACCCUCAUAAACUGAUCUGUUGUUCUCUGGAGAGCGGGAAUGUACUCUCUCAUGGAUCGGGGGGAAAAGGGUACGGUUUGGCCACCACUGCCAUCACAUCUGGAUGCUUCAUCUGGAAGUUUUAUAUCACUAAGGAGAAUAGAGGAAAUGAAGGGACAUGUAUUGGAGUGUCCCGAUGGCCCAUCCGGGACUACAACCAUCGCACCACCACAGACAUGUGGCUGUACCGGGCCUACAGCGGUAGCCUGUAUCAUGGAGGAGAGCUGGGCCGAGCUCUGCCCUCCUUCACCCAGGGUGACACCAUCACCUGCAUCCUAGACAUGGAGGCCAGAACAAUCUCUUUCGCCAAAAACAACAGGGAGCCCAAGCUAGCGUUUGAAGGAGUGGAUGCCACAGAGCUCUACCCCUGUGUUCUUUUCUACAGCAGCAACCCAGGAGAAAAGGUGGCGCUAUGUGACCUGCAGAUGCGUGGCAUGCCUAGCGAUCUUCUGCCAGGGGAGCCCUUGUGCAGCCCAAGGGCCACAGUUCUGCUGGAGUCCACCAUUCAGCUGCUAAGACGACUGUACGUGAACGAUGACUGGGUUCAACAUAUCAACCAGCACAUGCUGAACAAACUACAGCUCAUCAACCCUCUCAUGAGAGAGGGACAAGGCAAGAUAGCAGGUCAUGCCAGUAAGGAGUCCGAUGAGAAAUUUGAGAGGGGCUCUGCUUGGGCAGAUGUCGGGACAUCGACAGACCACCUCUCUGGCCCAGCGGGGCUCUCCGACGCCCAGCUUAGCGUGUUGUGCACUGAAGUCUGGCCCGUCAUGGCCCUGAUCGGAGGGGUGGACAGCGGUCUCCGUGCUGGAGGGACCUGUCUGCACAAACCCAGCGGUCGACGGGCGACUCUGCUCGGGGUCUUGAAAGAGGGAAGCCCCAUGGCUAAGCUUCAGUGGGAGGAGACAGAUUUUACUGUGAGCUUCCUGAAUUCUUGGUCACCCAGCGACACGCCUCUCUCCUCCCUGGAGCCGUGUGACGUCCCCCAGCUGGACAUGUCCUGCUGCCGUGGCCUCAAGCCCUCUGUGUUGUUCGACCUCAUCCUGAUGACCGGCAUGUUAGAAGAGCAGGAGCCUCCUUCUGGAUCAUCCGAAACAUCUGGAUUGUCACGAAACCGAAUCAGCUCUGAGGGCGGCCCGCGUAGCGAGCUGGAGAGAUGUUUGAACGAGGACAUUGCUCGUGUUAUGAUGGACGAAGAGGGAAUGAGCUGUCCGGUGGAUGAGGACAGAAAUAAAGUGGAAGAGAGGAGAGAUGAGAACCAAGAUGACACGUUCAGAUCCCUCAUACAGUCAAACGAGGAGCGUGUUGGUGCCCCCUGUCCACCAAUACUUGCACCACAACCCAGAGUGGACUUCUUUGCUUUGGAACUGCGCGCAGUCCGCAUUUCCUACCUCCUUUUGGGGGCGCUAAAAUCUCUGACUGUCAUUCUGAGCUGCGGGAAGUUCACAGAUCUCCUCCUGGUUCCCAAAUCAGAUGCAGGGGUCAAUGUAAGUAGCCCCGACCCAGCGAGAGCCUCUGCUGGCUGGGAGGAGAACGCCGAGCUGCGCUCAGUGCUGCAGUUUGUGGUGCGGAGCAUGGUGAAGUGGGCCGUCAGACCCUGUCCGAUCAAACAGGCCAUGGCUUUAUCAGACCUCGAGAGGGCCCAGAUAAUCAUCUUUAAAGGAGUGCUGAGCAGACUGCACGAGGAUGGAAGCAAAGAACACAAAGAUUCCGGAGGUCACUCGUCCUCUCAGCCCGUGUCCAAAUCCUCCAGUUCAGUCUCGCUUUACAGCAACGGCUCUGAAGGCACCGCCAUCUUCGGCCAAUCAGCUUCACCCUCCACCAAUGACCUCACAGCCUCGCUCCUCACCGCCCUGCAGGCUGACAGCCUGGAGAACUUUAACCCUUUCCUUCCCAUCAACCUGCUACAGCGGAUGGUGCUGGCACGUUUUCCCACAUUGGCAGGUCUCGUCCACAGUCCGGUUCUGCCCCCCGGUCUCAGCCUGACGAGCUCAGCCUCCUGUGAGGGCUUCACUGAGCAGCAGACCAGCUUCCUGGAGCCCUGCGGUCAGACCAGGACCCCCGUGGAACAGCCCCAAAUGUUUGUCCCAGUGCGCUUGCUUGAAAUGGGCUUCUCAAUGAGACACAUCUACAGGGCCAUGGAGGCAGCAGGGGUCACUGGAGAGGUGGACUCACGCACCAUCGAGGUGCUGGCGAGCUGGAUGCUGGAACAUCCCAUCACAGGAGAGGGCUUAUCUGCAGGGGGCGCCACUGAUACGCCCUCCUCUGAAGGGCCAGAGACGGUCCAGUGCCCUGAGUCUCCAGCUCCUCUCACCCUACAGGAGAGCAGAGAACCCAACGAGAGUCUGUUGGCAGGUUUGGACUUGGUGGAGAGAGAGAACUUCUUAGAUGUUCACCUCACCAGGAACAGACCUCCACCUGCACGGAGGCAGCGGUCCGGAGUAAGUCAGAGAACGUCCUUCAGGAGAGCAGACUCCCCGUCGCCCAGUCCUGUCCCAUCGCUGUACAGACAGGACGUGGGAGUGGCAGAGUGGCCGGAGCGGGCCGAAACGCACCCGUUUGCUGCUGAAGACGACUCCGAGCUGGGCUACAUGGAUGAUCCGUACCAGGAAGAACCGUAUGAGGAGCUGCUCACCCCAGAGUUCAUCACCUCUGAGAGAGACACGCUGUGGAUGGUAGAGGGAAGAGAAGAGCACCCAGAGCCUCAUGAGAUGGUGGAGUGUGAGCUGUGUAACACACUCACCCUGCAGUUCAACAACCACAUGAAGCGCCACCACCCGGGCUGCGGUCAGAGCGCCGGUCGCCGUGGUUACCGCAGCAAUGGAUGUUUGGACUUGGUGGAGAGAGAGAACUUCUUAGAUGUUCACCUCACCAGGAACAGACCUCCACCUGCACGGAGGCAGCGGUCCGGAGUAAGUCAGAGAACGUCCUUCAGGAGAGCAGACUCCCCGUCGCCCAGUCCUGUCCCAUCGCUGUACAGACAGGACGUGGGAGUGGCAGAGUGGCGGGAGCGGGCCGAAACGCACCCGUUUGCUGCUGAAGACGACUCCGAGCUGGGCUACAUGGAUGAUCCGUACCAGGAAGAACCGUAUGAGGAGCUGCUCACCCCAGAGUUCAUCACCUCUGAGAGAGACACGCUGUGGAUGGUAGAGGGAAGAGAAGAGCACCCAGAGCCUCAUGAGAUGGUGGAGUGUGAGCUGUGUAACACACUCACCCUGCAGUUCAACAACCACAUGAAGCGCCACCACCCGGGCUGCGGUCAGAGCGCCGGUCGCCGUGGUUACCGCAGCAAUGGAGCCUACGUGGACGGCUGGUUCGGAGGCGAAUGCGGAUCGGGCAGCCCAUACUACCUCCUGUGCACUGCAUGCAGGGAAAAGUACCUAGCCUCCAACCUGGGGGUUAUGAGCUCCAAACAGGACAGGGCAAGAGGCUUGGCGUCUGAUCUGAUUGGUCAAUUAGAUGGUACAUCAGAAGAUGAAUGGGAUCUAGGUAACCAGGAAGACUCGGAUUCAGACAGGCUUACAGGUUUGGAGGACUUUGGGAUUCUUCUGAGGCCUUUGGGUCUGAGUGAGAAGAAGCCCGUGCCCGACCCAGUCCCCUUCACUGAACACGACCCACUCGGAGCCCUCGUUAGUGGCUCGGUCAGCGGAGACAACAACCUGCUUUACAAAAGUGUUGUCAGCACCUCGGUUCCUCUGAGUCUCGGGGAGCAGGCAGCAUCCCUGCGGGAGCCCCAGGAAAGACUGUUGGCUCUAAGGAGAGUCACCUCCACCGCUCAGAUCCUGUUGGCCUACAGUAUGGUGAUGAGAGCUCUCUCACAGACCUCCACCAGUAGUUCAGUGUGUAAUCAGUCCAGUGGUCUGGAGGCUCUGGGUCUGGCUGACAUCCGUAUCCUGGUGCGGCUGAUGUGUCUGGCAGCGGGGGGGCGUGUCCACACAGGCAUGGACCAGCAGGGAAUGGGGCGUGGCUCUAUGAGCGAUCGCACAGGCACCGCCUUCCUGUCCUUCCUCAGCUCUGCUAUCGGCAGUUUAGUGUCCCAAAGUCCUGCUGCCUACAGAGAGUUAGUGGACAUCUGCACUCAGGAUCUCAUGGCAGCAGCUACAGGGAUGAACAUCAGCGCUAUCACCGAUCCGCAGCUGAGGAUGAGGCAAAGCUCUGCCCUCAAGGGGGCGCCACAGGAGCCGAGAGAACUGACCCCGCCCACCUUCCUGGUCACACAGAGUCUGGUGUCCCUCCUGACGGAGAAAGGCGUUCGAUACCGUUAUAAUGUGGAAAGAAGCGAUUCCACUGAAUCAAAGGAAGGUGGAAGCCCUCCACCCUCGGGUCCUCCUCUCUCUCAAGCUGGAGUGCGGGUCGGGCCGCUGGAGCUGGCUAAUGCUCUCGCUGCCUGUGCCCUGUCGGCCAGGCUGACCAGCAGACACCGACAGUGGGCGGCACAACAGCUGGUCCAGGCCUUGGCGGUCUCUGAGAAAGACAACACCGCCAGACCCCAGACAUACAGCGACAUGGCCGGAGAUCUGCACAAGUGUCCCAUCAAGAAGCUGGAAGGACAUCAGAACAGGGUGAGCAGCUGCAGCUGGAAUUCAGAACAAGGUCUGUUGGCCACCGGCUCACAGGACGGGACUGUUCGACUGUGGGCCGUAACGCCGAACACAGCAGAACUGCAGCACACACACACCUGCAGCGUCAGUGAGGAUGCUCAGAGCUCAGAUGGUUCAAUGGGAUCGCAUCUGCUGUCCGCCGUAUCGUGGAGCGCAGGGGGAACUCUAUUGGCCGCCUUCCAGAGCAAACUCAUCAACAUCUGGACCGUCAAUGGUGCUCAGGCAUACAUGGAGGCUCAGUCCUCCUGGGUCACUGCACUCUCGUGGGUUCAGACCUCCACUCCGUUCCUCAGUCAGGAAGCCUGCAGUCAGGUCAGCCCUCCUGAGAGUCUGCUGGUGGGCCGGCUGGACGGCUCCCUCUGCUGGCUGGAGGUCACAGACGACUUGAGGGUGGAGCGAACAGAGCUCACUCACUGCUACAGGAAAGAAGCUCCUCAGUGUCUGGCCUGGUACAGUGUUGAUAAACCCUUUGCCGUGGGCUAUCCCGAUGGCAAAAUUCUACUAGCAACAGCAGAGAGCUACGAAAUCGACCCACCUAUUCUGCUAACAGCAUUUCCUGAGAGUGUGAGUGCGCUCAGGUGGGACCCUACCGGUCAUCUGCUGCUGUCUGUGGGUCGCUCUGAGGUGGUGAAGAUCUGGGGUCGUGCCAGCGGUGCGUGGCUCACCCUCCACUCUCUGUUCCACACGGGCACAGUCAACGCGGCCGAUUGGUGCCCUCUGCCCGGGAGAGGACCGGAGCCUCGUCUUAUGAUGGCAGUUGGAUGUCAAAAUGGCCUCCUGUAUGUGUGGAAUCUUCCUCAAGGUGGCGCUAAUGUCUCGGUGCCCAAUUUCCUCACCCCGUCUACCAGCCAAGACAAGAGCAGUGCCAUCAAGCGAGGCAAUGCUAAAUGUGUGUUCCGCCUGAGUGGACACAUUACCGCGGUAAAGACCCUGUCAUUUUGUCCCAGUGGACUUGCACUCGUGUCUGGAGGAAUCGGAGGGGUGCUCAACAUCUGGUCUCUCAGGGAUGGUUCGGUCCUGCAGACUGUGGUUACAGGAAUGGGCUCUGUGGUUUGUACCACCUGGAUCCCACACAUAGGGGUGACCGCUUGUUCUGGAAGAUCAAAGGAUGUUUUGCUAAUUCGCUGUACCCCGGACUGGAUCUCUCAGAAUCACGUUCUGGCCUCCUGCCGUUCCGUUCUACGCAGUCAGGGCAUUCUGGGAUUGAAUCGUGCCCCCUGCAUGGCCGUCUUUCUUGAGCGCCUUCCCACACUGCUUCAGGAGCAGUACAGCUAUGAAAAGGAGAGUGUGAGUGCGCUCAGGUGGGACCCUACCGGUCAUCUGCUGCUGUCUGUGGGUCGCUCUGAGGUGGUGAAGAUCUGGGGUCGUGCCAGCGGUGCGUGGCUCACCCUCCACUCUCUGUUCCACACGGGCACAGUCAACACGGCCGAUUGGUGCCCUCUGCCCGGGAGAGGACCGGAGCCUCGUCUUAUGAUGGCAGUUGGAUGUCAAAAUGGCCUCCUGUAUGUGUGGAAUCUUCCUCAAGGUGGCGCUAAUGUCUCGGUGCCCAAUUUCCUCACCCCGUCUACCAGCCAAGACAAGAGCAGUGCCAUCAAGCGAGGCAAUGCUAAAUGUGUGUUCCGCCUGAGUGGACACAUUACUGCGGUAAAGACCCUGUCAUUUUGUCCCAGUGGACUUGCACUCGUGUCUGGAGGAAUCGGAGGGGUGCUCAACAUCUGGUCUCUCAGGGAUGGUUCGGUCCUGCAGACUGUGGUUACAGGAAUGGGCUCUGUGGUUUGUACCACCUGGAUCCCACACAUAGGGGUGACCGCUUGUUCUGGAAGAUCAAAGGAUGUUUUGCUAAUUCGCUGUACCCCGGACUGGAUCUCUCAGAAUCACGUUCUGGCCUCCUGCCGUUCCGUUCUACGCAGUCAGGGCAUUCUGGGAUUGAAUCGUGCCCCCUGCAUGGCCGUCUUUCUUGAGCGCCUUCCCACAUUGCUUCAGGAGCAGUACAACUAUGAGAAGAGUCAUGUGAUGGCGGGCGAUCAGUUGACCCACAGUGCCUUUCUUCAGAGUCUGGCCACUCUGGCCAUGGGUCUCUUUUUGGAUCAGUUACUGUGCCGUCAGCCCAGACCGCCUCAUCACAGCGGGACGGGGCCGGGGCCGGAUCAGGACGGGGCCCCUGGAUCCUUCUGCCCCUCAGAGUGGAACUGGCUUUCCAUCUAUUCAACCACAGUGAAGAGCGCAGAGGCGUUUGCUCGUGGCACCGCCUUCCCAGAAUCCUUCAUUGCACCUGAAUUCCAUCAUUCUGGAUCCACGGAGUUGACCAAACCAUUGGACAACAGUAAAUGGACCUUCAUGAUGGAUGAACAGCUCAUGUCCUGGGCGACCAGCAGACCUGAAGACUGGCAGCAGGGUGGUAAAAGUGAGGUGUAUUUGUGGGGUAACGGACGUCACGGGCAGCUGGCGGAUGCUGGAACCAGCGCGUCUGUGCCCACACUCGCUCCCUCUCUCUCGCAGACUCAACAGGUUGUGUGCGGUCAGAACUGCACGUUCCUGGUUCAGGCUAACGGUACGGUUCUGGCUGUAGGGGAGGGCAGUUACGGGCGACUCGGACAGGGUAACUCAGACGACCUCUACACCCCAACUAUCAUCUCAGCUUUACAAGGUUAUGUAGUGACUCAGCUGGUGACAUCAUACGGGUCUGAUGGCCACUCAUUGGCUCUCACUGAGACCGGAGAGGUGUUCAGCUGGGGUGAUGGGGAUUAUGGGAAACUCGGCCACGGGAACAGUGAAAGGCAAAGGCGACCCAAACAGAUCGAGGCUCUGCAGGGAGAGGAAGUGGUGCAGCUGGCGUGUGGGUUCAAACACUCAGCCGUCAUCACAGCGGACGGAAAACUCUUCACCUUUGGCAGUGGAGAUUCUGGACGCUUGGGUCAAAGGUCAACUUCAAACAAGAUGGUCCCGGAGAGAGUGACAGCACUGGAUGGGUACCACAUUGGACAGGUGUCAUGUGGUAUCAAUCAUACUUUGGUCCUGUCAUCAGACGGCCUGAGCGUGUGGGCUUUCGGAGACGGUGAUUAUGGUAAACUGGGUAUUGGACCAUGUACAGUGAAAUGCUACCCACAGAAAGUGGAGGCUCUUUGCAAUAAAGGCAUUAAAAAGGUUGGAUGUGGAACACAUUUCUCAGUGGUUCUGGCCAAAGAUGGACACGUCUACACAUUCGGCCAAGAGCGUCUGAUAGGUCUGCCGGACUCCAUGCUGAAGAGUCACAACCGGCCGCAGAUCAUUCCCGCUCUGGAGGGCGUCUUCAUUGAGGACAUUGCUGUGGGCUGUGAACACAUCCUUGCUUUAUCCAACACUGGAGACGUGUAUGCAUGGGGCUGCAACUGUGAGGCCCAGCUGGGUCUGGGCCAUUCCAAUCCUGUCAAAGAGCCCACUCUGGUUACUGCUCUACAGGACAAGAAGAUCAGGCAGAUCUCGGCUGGACGCUGUCAUACCUCGGCCUGGACCACACCGGCUCUGUCAACCAGAGCUUCAGGUUGUUCAGGGAUACAGCUGGGUCUGCCUCAGUCCGUGCCUCCGCAGUAUAACGCCCUCAAAGACUGCAGCCCUGAAGUGCUAAACACCCGUCUCAGAGUGCUGUACCACUUCUCUGAUCUUAUGUACAAGUCCUGGAGGCUUCUGAACCUCGACCCCCGCAGUCAGGUAAAUGCUUCCCGCUACAGCUCAGGUACCGCUGCCAUCGUACAGGGCCAACUCAGAGGCCUCCUGUCCCCGAAAGUCAACACACUUCCUCUCGUUCGCACUAUUGGCAGAACCAUGACCCAGGGAAAGACCUACGGUCCCCAGAUUACAGUCAAACGGAUCUCCACCAGGGGGCGCUCUAGCAAGCCUAUUUUCGUGCAGAUCGCCAAACAGGUGGUGAACCUGAACCCUACUGAGCUGCGUCUGCCCUCCAGAGCAUGGAAGGUGAAGCUGGUUGGAGAAGGGGCGGAUGACGCCGGCGGCGUUUUUGACGACACCAUUACCGAAAUGUGCCAGGAGUUGCAGUCAGGUGUGGUCGAGCUUCUCAUUCACACUCCUAACAGCUCUGCAGAUGUUGGUAGCAACACGGACAGGUUCUUGCUGAACUCAGCAGCAGCCUCGGAUGAUCACAUGGUGCAGUUUCGCUUCUUGGGGAUCCUAAUGGCGGUGGCCAUUCGAACCAAAAAGCCCUUGGAUCUGCACCUGGCGCCGUGGGUGUGGAAACAGAUGUGCUGUAUUCCUCUGGCAGCCGCUGACCUGGAGGAGGUGGACCUGCUCACGUACCGCUCACUUCAGGGCAUUUUACACCUGGACAACAGCGUGAUCAAUGAGGAAAACUUCACAGUGAUGAUCCCUCUGGACUCGUUUGUGGCUCACAGUGCCGAUGGCACAUUGGUUCCGGUGAUUCCUGGUGGGCAUAACGUCCCUCUGACAUUCUCUAACAGGAACGAUUAUGUGGAGAGAGCCUUGUACUACAGACUUCAUGAGAUGGACAGACAGGUGGCAGCAGUGAGGGAGGGCAUGUCCUCAAUCAUCCCAGUCCCGUUGCUUUCCCUGCUCACGGCUCGACAGCUGGAACAGCUGGUGUGUGGCUUGCCCGAGGUCUCUGUGGAAAUGUUGAAGAAGGUGGUACGAUACCGUGACAUUACUGACAGCCAUCAGCUCAUUGGCUGGCUGUGGCAGAGCCUCGAGGAAUUCACCAAUGAGGAGAGAGUCCUGUUCCUGCGCUUCGUGUCCGGACGUUCCAGACUGCCAUCCAAUCCGGCAGACAUCACACAAAAAUUUCAGAUCAUCAAAGUUGAUCGGCCUGUGAACGGACUUCCUACGGCCCAGACAUGCUUCUUCCAGCUGCGCCUUCCUCCCUGGCGACGGCCGCCAGCACGAGGCCACGGCCUGUUCGCACAGCCCCGUCUCUGGCUCUCAUUGGCUAGGCAGGUUCUGGUUCACCUAAUCCCCACUGGAUCUGCUGUAGCCUACCCAGAGAAUGAAAAGACACGGAUUAGCCAUGACUUUCUGGAGUGUGACGGUGCUGUCGGUACCGGGGUGACAGACUUCUGUAUCCCUGUGGGUCUGAUCCUGGACCGAUGA